AUGGCCACGGCGGGCGCGGGGCCGGGGCCGGGUGCAUCUUCCGGGCUGGAUGUGGCCCUGCAGAAACUGGUGCUGCGGCGGAAGAAGGUGCUGAGCGCCGAGGAGAUGGAGCUGUACGAGCUGGCGCAGGCGGCGGGCGGCGCCAUGGAUCCCGACGUGUUCAAAAUCCUGGUAGACCUGCUGAAGAUGAACGUGGCCCCUCUGGCUGUCUUCCAGAUGCUCAAGUCCAUGUGCGCCGGCCGGGGCCUGGCGAGCGAACCUAUGGAGUCGACGGCCCUGCUGCUGCCCGCCGCUGGCGUGGCCGAAACCCGAGGGAGAAACAAAGGCAGUGCCACACUUGGUGGAACUUCAGGCCUGGCAGAACGGAACAGUCGGGAGGGAGCCAGCCAGAGGAUGCCAAGACAGUCCAGUGCCACCAGGCUGCCCAAGGGGGCUGGGCCCAAGAAGAGCCCCACUCAAGGCAGCACCUAA